CAUGAACCGCUGUCGUGUUCGGAUAUUAGGACAUAGCAAGGAGAAGUCCGAACGACAUCGUAUUAAGGAGUAGCCGUCGUUGAGAUCCUCGGAGAGAAGAGAGUCCCCCCAAUCAACUCAUCUUCUUCUUCCUCACUUCGGUUGCACAAACACAAAAGGAGGUUUGUGAAGAUGGCAUCAAAGUUGAUACAAGUUCAGUCAAAGGCAUGUGAGGCUUCCAAGUUUGUGGCCAAGCAUGGAACUUCUUACUACAGGCAGUUGCUUGAGAAGAACAAACACUAUAUCCAGGAACCUGCUACGGUGGACAAGUGCCAAGAGUUGUCUAAGCAACUUCUCUACACCCGUCUUGCUAGCAUUCCUGGACGCUGUGAAACCUUCCGGAAGGAAGUAGACUACGCGAAGAACUUGUGGAAGAACAGAACCGAUCUGAAGGUAGAAGAUGCCGGAAUCGCUGCAUUUUUUGGUCUCGAAUGCUUUGCCUGGUACUGCGCUGGUGAAAUCAUCGGCAGAGGCUUCACCUUCACCGGCUACUACCCUUGAAUGUGAGGAACACUAACUUGAACAACAUUGUGUAAUCCCCAUAUUUUAGUUCCCAUGACUCAAAAUUUUCUUCCAGCCUUUCUCUGAAACGGAAACAGAGCCUUUGGAGCUGUGAAAAACAUCCAUUUUGCUAAACUCUUUUUGAUAAAAAUUGCGAUCAAUAAGAACAAAACUUUCCACAGGAAGUUU